AUGGUUAAUCUAUCAUCUCAUCUCUUUCUUUUAUCGCUUUCAUUGCAUUGUUGUUUUAUUGCUUGCUUAGCUGCAAAUACAAAAAACAUCACAACUGAUCAAUCUGCUCUUCUAGCAUUCAAAUCCCUAAUUACUUCAGACCCUUAUGAUGUGUUGGCUAAUAAUUGGUCAACCUCCUCUUCCGUAUGCAAUUGGAUUGGUGUAACUUGUGAUGAGCGGCACGGUAGAGUCCACAGUUUGAUUCUCCGAAACAUGAGUCUUAGAGGUACCGUUUCCCCAAAUUUGGGGAAUAUGUCCUUCCUUGUUAUACUUGACCUCAAAAACAAUAGCUUCGGUGGUCAGUUUCCUAAAGAGUUAUGUUCGUUGCGCCGAUUAAAGGUUCUUCAUAUCAGCUACAACGAGUUUGAAGGGGGGAUUCCUCCAGCAUUGGGGAACUUAUCACAACUUCAAUAUUUGUAUCUCGGCACUAACAAUUUUAAUGGUUUUAUUCCCCAAUCUAUGGGUAACCUUCAUGGGUUGAUAGAAUUGGAUACCAUACGGAACAAGUUGUCUGGACCCAUACCUCGAACAAUUUCUAACAUGUCUUCCAUUGAAGUUCUCCAUUUAUCUUCUAACUACUUUUCAGGUACGAUUCCCGAGGAGAUUGGCUAUCUUGAUAAACUUGAGGUGCUAUUAUUGUCUAACAAUAGCUUAAGUGGAUCUAUUCCUUCUAAAAUCUUCAACUUGUCAUCACUCACUGCUUUGGUGGUUGAUCAUAAUAGCCUCUCAGGCACACUUCCAUCAAAUACGGGAUAUAGCCUUCCUAAUCUGCAAUAUCUACACUUGUUUCAAAACAAUUUUGUUGGAAAUAUUCCAAAUAACAUAUUAAACUCUUCUAAGCUCCGUCAAAUCGCAUUGGAAACAAAUGCAUUCAGUGGAACUCUACCCAAUACUACUUUUGGAGAUUUAAGAUUCCUUGAAUUGUUUUUCACAUAUAACAAUAAAUUGACAAUAGAAGAUUCUCAUCAAUUCUUUACUUCCUUGACAAAUUGUAGAUAUUUGAAAUAUCUUGACUUAUCAGGUAAUCAUAUAUCCAAUCUUCCUAAGUCAAUUGGAAACAUAACUUCAGAAUACUUCAGGGCAAAAUCAUGUGGAAUUGGUGGUUAUAUUCCCCUAGAAGUUGGAAACAUGAGCACCUUGCUAUCUUUUGAUCUGUAUGACAAUAAUAUAAAUGGACCAAUACCUCGUUCAAUCAAAGGGCUAGAGAAGCUUCAAGUAUUGUCUCUUGCUUACAAUGCACUCAAAGGAUCAUUCAUUGAUGAGCUCUGUCUAAUUAAGAGUUUAGGUGAGUUGUAUAUAGAAAAUAAUAAGCUUUCUGGUGUUUUACCAACAUGUUUGGGAAAUAUGACUUCUCUUAGAAAAUUGAACGUAGGAUCUAACAAUUUGAACUCUAAGAUACCUUCAUCUCUUUGGGGUCUCACUGAUAUAUUAAUGUUAGAUUUGUCCUCCAAUGCUUUUAUUGGUGAUUUUCCACCCGAUAUUGGGAAUUUGAGAGAACUUGUAAUAUUAGAUCUAUCAAGAAAUCAAAUUUCAAGCAACAUUCCAACAACCAUCAGUUCCUUACAAAAUUUGCAGAAUCUCUCCUUAGCUCAUAAUAAAUUGAAUGGGUCAAUUCCCGCAUCACUGAAUGGAAUGGUAAGCUUGAUCUCUUUGGACUUGUCUCAAAAUAUGUUAACUGGUGUUAUUCCAAAAUCCUUAGAAUCACUUUUGUACCUUCAAAACAUCAACUUCUCAUAUAAUAGAUUACAAGGAGAGAUUCCUAAUGGUGGACAUUUCAAAAAUUUCACAGCUCAAUCAUUUAUGCAUAAUGAAGCACUUUGCGGUGAUCCUCGCCUUCAAGUACCUACAUGUGGUAAGCAAGUUAAAAAAUGGUCAAUGGAAAAAAAGCUUAUAUUGGAAUGCAUACUUCCCUUAGUUGUGUCAGCCAUUUUGGUUGUUGCGUGCAUCAUACUUUUAAAACAUAAUAAAAGGAGAAAGAAUGAAAAUAAUGUUGAAAGGGGUUUGUCAACUUUGGGAGCUCCAAGAAGAAUAUCCUAUUAUGAACUUGUGCAAGCAACUAAUGGAUUCAAUGAGCGUAAUUUCCUUGGAAGUGGGGGAUUUGGCUCUGUUUAUCAGGGGAAGCUUCUUGAUGGUGAGAUGAUUGCCGUUAAAGUAAUUGAUUUGCAAUCAGAGGCAAAAUCAAAGAGCUUUGAUGCAGAAUGCAAUGCGAUGAGAAAUCUACGACAUCGAAAUCUGGUUAAGAUUAUCAGCAGUUGUUCAAAUCUGGAUUUCAAAUCAUUGGUGAUGGAGUUCAUGUCAAAUGGAAGUGUAGACAAAUGGUUAUAUUCAAAUAACUAUUGUCUAAAUUUCUUGCAAAGGUUAAAUAUAAUGAUAGAUGUUGCAUCUGCAUUGGAAUAUCUCCAUCAUGGUUCUUCAAUGCCUGUGGUUCAUUGUGAUCUAAAGCCUUCCAAUGUCUUGUUGGAUGAAAAUAUGGUUGCACGUGUUAGUGAUUUUGGUAUUGCUAAGCUCAUGGAUGAAGGACAAUCUAAAACUCAUACACAAACUUUGGCUACUGUUGGAUACCUCGCACCAGAGUAUGGAUCUAAAGGAAUUGUUUCUGUCAAAGGAGAUGUGUACAGCUAUGGGAUUAUGCUAAUGGAAAUCUUCACAAGAAAAAAGCCAACAGAUGAUAUGUUUGUUGCAGAACUAAACUUGAAGACAUGGAUCAAUGGAUCAUUGCCUAAUUCAAUUAUGGAGGUCUUGGAUUCAAAUUUAGUCCAACAAAUUGGGGAACAAAUUGAUGACAUAUUGACUCACAUAUCAUCUAUUUUUGGUUUAGCCCUCAGUUGUUGUGAAGAUUUACCUAAAGCAAGAAUUAAUAUGGCAGAUGUUAUUAAGUCGCUAAUCAAAAUCAAGACUUUGGUUCUUAGAGCAAACAGGGUAUAGUUAUUUUCAUUUGUACAAUUGGAGU